AGUCCCGCGAAGGAUGAUUUCCACGCAGAAGCCGAGAGCACGACGAUCUACCACCACCUCCUGCAAUCAGAGAGCAUGUGCGCUCGUCUCAAUGGGCUGAUGUGUCCUGGCGUGAAAGUUUUUAGCUUAUAGACUUCGGUGUAACGGCCAAUGUCACUGGCGAUUUAGUGCCUGAGCCCGUUGUUGCUCCACAGUGGGACAGGAAGCACACUGACUGCUACAUGGAAAUCUGCGAGCCUGCCACCUCAUAAAUAAAUCUCCAAGAUGUUUCGGUGGGCGCGGGCAUUCUCAACUGCCUCCUCUUUUUUCAACAACGCCUCAAUGGCUUCCCCAUCCCUCCGCCAGUACUCAUUCCAAGUCUUCCGCGAUGUCCCUCCGCUCCGCCAAAUGCGCCGGCAGUUAGUGCUGGAUAAGAAGACGGUCGGAUUUGUUCCUACUAUGGGGGCUCUUCACGAGGGCCAUCUCUCGCUGAUCCGACAAGCCGCGGCCGAAAACACCGACGUCUUCGUUAGCAUCUUCGUCAACCCGACCCAAUUCGGUGUCAACGAGGAUCUUUCGAGCUAUCCCCGCACCUGGGAUAGCGAUGUGGCCAAAUUGGAACAACUAAAUGAUGAGUUUGCCCGUCUUGGGCAUGAUACUGGUCGUAUCACGGCCAUUCUUGCCCCUACUUCGAAGGUCAUGUACCCUGCACUGCCGCCUUCCUCGGAAGUUGACGGGGAUGGGUCUUUCGUUACAAUAACCCCCAUCUCAAGGAAGCUGGAGGGUGCAUCCCGUCCAGUCUUCUUCCGAGGAGUUGCGACCGUUUGCAUGAAGCUCUUCAACAUCGUUCAAGCCGACCGUGCGUACUUCGGACAGAAAGACGUCCAGCAAACCGUGGUCAUCAAGCGCAUGGUGCAGGACUUCCACGUUGAUACCGAAAUCAAGAUUGGCGACACGGUUCGCGAGCAUGAUGGGUUGGCGAUGAGCUCGCGGAACGUGUACUUAGGAAAUCGGAGACGUGCUGUUGGUCUAGUUCUCUACAAUGCCCUGAAGGCGGCUGAAAACGCAUACAACUCCGGCAAGCUGGCGCGAAGUGACAUUCUCGAUGCCGCUAACAGUGUGACAUCCCAAGUCUUGUCCGAACAACAGGCUUUGUCGCCCUCUGAAAGGGCCCUUUAUGAAGUCGACUACAUAUCCCUGGCCGAUCCAGACUCACUAGAUGAGGUGGAGUCAGUUGACCCCGCCAAGGGAGCCAUCAUAAGCGGUGCUGUCAAGAUGACUCCUCUUGAAGAAACCAAGCCCGGCGAGGACUGUGGCUUAGGUGAUGGACAGGUUCCUGUGAGACUUAUCGACAAUCUGAUCUUUAAGCCUCGAUCUUGAAUCUUCUGCUCAUUGGGAAAGAAUCAGACAUAUAUGGAAUAGAUAGAUCAUAUUCAAAAGAGCGUUUAUAUAACCAGUUUUACCUAGAACAACGGCCAAUGUACAUAUAUCUGACACGUAUGCUAUGGUGGAUUACUAUUGCAUCGACCCACUUGUAUAAUGCAAAAUAUUGAGCAUAGUC